UCUGCCCAAGAAAGUGUAGUCACAACAAAUAUAAACGAAACUCAAGGUUCGGGCUUGGCCCUUCGCCGCCAUUUUCUGGUUCCAGAACCAUCUUCAAUCUCUCCUCCUAUUACGAUCUCUCGAUCAAGUUUGAAGCUUAGAAAUAAACAUGGCCGGUGGUGCGAAUUUCAUGCAGAGGGUUCUCUCUUACGUCGUCAAUGAAGUGGUUGUCAAUGGUCUUGCCAACAACCCUGCAUUUCAGAGGUUUGCAGUGAGAACAUCAAAAAGAAUUGAAGAUAUUUCUAGCAAAGCUAUUCAGAAGAGGCAGGAGCUAGCUGAGCAGAUCAAGGACAUAUCCAAAAAUAUGGAGUCAUUCAAGAAGCAGUGAUUUUGGUAAUGCUACAUUGCUGAAGAUAAUGAAGUCCUGAUUCUCUUUAGCUAAAGAUGCUACUGGAGGCAAGGCCAGUUGUCUGUAAAAUUCUUUUGUAAUAAUAUGUUUCGGUUCUUAUCUCGUGAUCUUAAAGUUGGGAUUUGAGGGUUUCUUCCAGUUUGCUUGGUGAAAACCAUAUUAGGAUAUUACUGCUAGCUUAUGAUAUUGUAUCACUAAAUAUUAGUCUGCCUUUAAUUUGAAACUACUGAACACUAAUUAUUACAAAAUAAUACGAUACUUUUUACGUUGUUACUGUAGGGGAUCUUAUGUUAGUCCAGGUUGCAACAGGACUCUUGCAAAUCAUUUUAAUGGUGAAUGUGUUGUUCGA